AUGAGUUUUAAGAUCCGUUUUUCUGCCUUCUUUAUGACAAGACCGAAGGGUCUCGAAGCAUUCCGGCCGGUCUGCGUUGCCAACUUGAAUCCAGUGUGGGUCAGCCACGGAGGGGAGAAGAAGAAAAUGGCGCAGAAGGAGACUGCCGAGUUGGAGCCUGGAGAUCGGAUAUUGCUUUACACCGGGGCAUCGGAUGGCACGCCAGACGGCCCAGGAAGUCGGGGAACUGUUGCCUGGAUCGUGGGCAGAGAUGCGUAA